AUGGGUAACGCUCAAAGCCAUAAAUCUGAACAGUUUUCCUUCAAUGGAAGACAGGUGUGCGCAAGAUUCAACGAAGACGACUUGAUUUCAGAAGGAGAAUCCAGAUGCACCUUCCGGGGAAUAAUAAAGCCCAUCGAUAGCCACCGGUUCCAAAGUGGCAAGAAUUGCGUUGUGAGAAUGUGCACAAAAAGGCGGAAGGAUAAUGUGAACGAAUAUAAUUGGCAGCCAAAAGCUCGCAUAGAAAUUGCAAUGAAGAUGGCCCAGCAGUUUAAUGAAUCCGGACGAAGCCACGAAAUGAUCAGCUUUCCUUAUCCUGGCUUUACCACCGUUAAAAAGGUUCGUCCCCCGGUCAAGUGUACCGUCUACGAAGGUGCGCCAUUAAUCAUCGAACGUUACCUUCAUGACUACUCCUGGUUUCUGAGCAAUUCUUCCCAUGUCUUGGAGCCAACAAAACUACCAUCAGCAUUUUGCCACUUCACCUACCAUCAGUCUAACGGUGCGUUCCUCGUUACGAACUUAAAAGGGGUUCAAAAAGGGAGCCGCUACACGUUCACCGAUCCAGCCAUCCACAGUUGUGAGGAGGGGAAAUUCGGCUACUACGGUCGAACCGAUCUCGGAGUGUACGGCAUGAUCAAGUUCUUCUCGGUACACAUAUGCACUCACAUAUGUGAAGGGUUACUUACACCCGAUAAAUCCAAGAUUCCAAGAAUGCUGAAUUCUACAGUAGAUGCCUUCAUUGAUAGAGCUAUUGCUGCCAGACCUGCUGGUUCAACUUACGAUGUCGAGUUGCUCCAUCACGGGCUCAAGCCUGAACGAAUACGGACACUUCACAACGAAAUUGCGGCAGCGCUUGCAGGAUAUAGAUCCCCGUGA